AACUCGAUCCAUCACUUCAUCGCCCGUCUACUUCUCGAUUUCAUCGCCCGUCACGUAUACUAAAGUUGAGCCAAAAAAAGAUUUAAUCUGGCAACUGGGAACACGGAAUGUACCUUUUUCGCCUUUUUCAAUCGCCAUAAUAAUUUUUGUAAAUGGAUAAUUUUACAAAACUGAUGCUGGCUCAAGCCAUGACCGUCAAGGUGGAAGCAAGUGCAUUAGUUAUCAGCCCUGUGGAUUUACAUACGAAUGUCCACAUUAAACAAGAGCCAGUUGGUGCUGCAGAAGAAGAACAAAGGAAUAUGGAGGAGGAGGAUCUGUAUGCUGAUCAUGAAAUCAAGGAAGAAUUGGCCAUAGGACCUGUGGUGUUGCAGCCUACUGAUUUAGCUCAAGCAAGAUACAUGCAGAACACACCUGAUGGGUUGAAAGUUGAUACUCGACCAUACAAAUGUGAUACUAACACUAAAUGUUAUACAGGGAAAUACCAUCUUAAGCUUCAUAAAAUAACUCGUACCAGAGAGAAGACGAACCAAAAUUUAAGCACUCAGACAGGAAAGAAACGGCACAAAUGUGAUAUUUGCAAUAAAUGUUUUGCAACAAAAUAUUGUGUUAAGCAGCAUAUAAUGGUGCAUACUGGAGAGAAGCCAUAUAAAUGUGACCACUGUAACAAAGUUUUUGUUUAUAAAUGCAAUUUAAAUACCCAUUUAAAGAUUCACAUGAGAGAGACGCCAUAUAAAUGUGACCACUGUAACAAAGUUUUUGCUUAUAAAUGCAAUUUAAAUACACAUUUAAAGACUCACAUGAGAGAGAAACCAUACAAAUGUGUCUACUGUAAUAAAAGUUAUGCGUCUAAAUAUAACUUAAAUAGACAUUUAAUUGUUCAUACUAGAGACAAACCCUAUGAGUGUGAUAUUUGCAGUAAACAUUUUGCAACAAAAUAUACUCUUAAGUGUCAUAUAAUGGCCCAUACUGGAAAGAAACCACAUAAAUGUCACCACUGUAACAAAGUUUUUGCUUAUAAAUGCAAUUUAAGUGCACAUUUAAAGAUUCAUACAGGAAAGAAACCAUACAAUUGUGACCACUGUAACAGAGAUUUUGCUUGUAAACAGUAUUUAAAGACACAUUUAAAGAUUCAUGUGGAGAAGGUACCAUACAAACGUGACCACUGCAGCAAAGGUUUUGCUUGUAAACGGUAUUUGAAGACACACUUAAAGAUUCAUGUGGACGAGGAAAAGAUUCACGUGGCCGAGGAAUCAUACAAAUGUGACUACUGUAAUAAAAGUUAUGCGUAUAAAUAUAACUUAAAUAGACAUUUAAUUGUUCAUACUAGAGACAAACCCUAUGAGUGUGAUAUUUGCAGUAAUCAUUUUGCAACAAAAUAUACUCUUAAGUGUCAUAUAAUGGCCCAUACUGGAAAGAAACCACAUAAAUGUUACCAUUGUAACAAAACUUUUGCUUAUAAAUGCCAUUUAAGUAGACAUUUAAAGAUGCAUACAGGAAAGAAAUGCAAAUGUGACCACUGUAACAAAGGUUUCCCUUCUAAACACUAUUUAAAUACACACUUACUGAUUUAUAUGGGAAAGAAACCAUACAAAUGUGACCAGUGUAACAAAGGUUUUACUUCUAAAUGGUAUUUAAAGACACAUUUAAAGAAUCAUGUGGACAAGAAACAAUACAUAUGUGACCACUGUAACAAGGGUUUUACUUCUAAAUGGUAUUUAAAGACACAUUUAAAGAAUCAUGUAGACAAGGAACGAUACAUAUGUGACCACUGUAACAAAGGUUUUACUUCUAAAUGGUAUUUAAAGACACAUUUAAAGAAUCAUGUGGACUAGGAACCAUACAAAUGUGACCACUGUAACAAAGGUUUCCCUUCUAAAUACUAUUUAAAUACACAUUUACUGAUCCACAUGAGAGAGAAACCAAACAAAUGUGACCACUGUAAUCAAAUUUGUGUCUAAAUAUAACUUAAAUAGACAUUUAAUUAUUCAUACUGGAGAGAAACCCUAUGAGCGUGAUAUUUGCAAUAAACAUUUUGCAACAAAAUAUACUCUUAAGUGUCAUAUAAUGGUCCAUACUGGAAAUAAACCAUAUAAAUGUGAUCACUGUGACAAAUCUUUUGUCUGUAAAGCACAUUGUGAAUCACAUUCAAAGAUUCGUACAGAAGUGAAACCAUACAAAUGUGGCCACUGUUACUAAGUUUUUGCUUAUAAAUGCAAUUUAAAUACACAUUUAAAGAUUCAUACUUGAGAGAAACCAUACAAAUGUGACCACUGAAACAAAGGUUUUGCUUGUGAACAGUAUUCAGAGGCACAUUUAAAACUACAUGUGGAUGAGGAACCAUAGAAAAGUGACCACUGCAACAAAGGUUUUGCUUGUAAACGGUAUUUAAAGACACAUUUAAAGAUUCAUUUGGACGAGGAACCAUAGAAAUGUGACCACUGCAACAAAGGUUUUGCUUGUAAACAGUAUUUAAAGACACAUUUAAAGAUUCAUGUGUAUGAGGAACCAUAGAAAUGUGACCACUGAAACAAAGGUUUUGCUUGUAAACAGUAUUUAAGACAGAUUUAAAGAUUCAUGUGGACGAGAACUCAUAGAUAUGUGACCACUGCAACAAAGGUUUUGCUUGUGAACGGUAUUCAAAGGCACAUUUAAAACUACAUGUGGAUGAGGAACCAUAGAAAAGUGACCACUGCAACAAAGGUUUUGCUUGUAAACGGUAUUUAAAGACACAUUUAAAGAUUCAUUUGGACGAGAAACCAUAGAAAUGUGACCACUGCAACAAAGGUUUUGCUUGUAAACAGUAUUUAAAGACACAUUUGAAGAUUCAUGUGGAUGAGGAACCAUAGAAAUGUGACCACUGUAACAAAGGUUUUGCUUGUAAACGGUAUUUAAAGACACAUUUAAAGAUUCAUGUGGAUGAGGAACCAUAGAAAUGUGACCACUGUAACAAAGGUUUUGCUUGUAAACGGUAUUUAAAGACACAUUUGAAGAUUCGUGUGGACAAGGAACCAUACAAAUGGACCACUGUAACAAAGGUUUUGCUUGUAAACAGUAUUUAAAAACACAUUUAAAGCUACACGUGGAUGAGGAACCAUAGAAAUGUGACCACUGUAACACAGGUUUUGCUUGUGAAUGGUAUUCAAAGGCACAUUUAAAACUACAUGUGGAUGAGUAACCAUAGAAAAGUGACCACUGUAACAAAGGUUUUGCUUGUGAACGGUAUUCAAAGGCACAUUUAAAGCUACAUGUGGACGAGGAACCAUAGAAAUGUGACCACUGUCACAAAGGUUUUACUCCUGAAUGUCAAUUAAUUAAA